AGAGCUGAACCAACACCUAAAGAAACGCACAUCCUAUGUGCCCCUGCCUGCUCAACAGCAUCCACACUGGCCAGCGCUGCAGAGCUGGACUCCAUCUGGUCCCCAAGCACUGCCAGGGAGCUCUGUGACACAGGGAACACAGGGUCCCCAUGCCAGGCUUGACAUACAGGACUCAAGAAUCAGAAACCCUCGAAAAAGCGCAACUCUACUCAGGGAUAUUUCGUGCCCUACCGAAGGCCACGAAGCCCUCAGAUGUGCCCAUGCAGCCAAAUUCCUGGGUGCCAUCCCAGCAAUCAAGUAUCUGAUGUGGCAGGAAGGACAAGAUGGCUUGGGCAUCAGGAGGUGCUGGGGUGUGACCAGGGGGAUGCUGACUCAGGGAGGGGCAGGGGCUGCAAUACCCUGGUGUCAGCAGCAGCAGCAGUAGCAGGGAGUGUCCACUGUCCAGAUUGGCCUGGCUGGAGCUGAGCAAUGCUGGGGCUGCUAUAAAAGCCCCGCCUGGGCCACACUGGGACAAGCACUCACCUGGCCACCUUCUCCUCCUCAGGGACAAGGAGCACCCUCGCAUCUCUCACCAAGAUGUCCUGCUACGACGUGUGCACCCCCAAAACCAGCGUGGCUGUGCCCCAGCCCAUCGCUGAGAGCUGCAACGAGCUGUGUGCCCGCCAGUGCCCCGACUCCUCGGCCUUGAUCCAGCCGCCCCCCGUGGUGGUCACCUUCCCCGGCCCCAUCCUCACCUCCUUCCCCCAGCAAGCCGUGGUGGGCUCCUCCGGAGCACCGGCCUUUGGCGGCUCCCUGGGGCUGGGCGGCCUCUACGGCGCCGGCGCCACCCAGGCCUCGGCUGGCCUCUGCACCUUUGGCAGAGCCUGCGCUGCUCCCGCCUACAGCCCUUGCGCCCUGCCCCGCUACAGCAAGAAGCUCUGGGACACCUGCGGGCCCUGCUAGAGCCACCACAGCCCAGCCCAAACGCGUGCGGCCGCCUCAGCCCAGCAUGGAGAAGUUGAGCUCUGCACAAGCUGCCCUGGCCUCCUGCAGCCCGUGACACCUGGCCUAUCUGGGGCUUGUCCACCAUCCCUUUCCUGUCCUCUCCUGCCCUUCCUGGUACAAUAAAGUUUUCCUGCAUCC